UCACGGCGCGGUGACGCAGCGGCUGUUGCCGGGGAACGCUCGCUGGGCCCUCCCUCCCUUCCUUCUCCUUCAGUCGGAGGGAAGGCAAGGAAGGCAAGGAAGGAGAAGGAGCCGGUUGCCCGCCCUUGAGGCCCGCCAUGGUGCUCAUCAAGGAAUACCGAGUGCUUUUACCUGUUUCGGUGGAGGAGUACCAGGUGGGGCAGCUCUACUCGGUGGCGGAGGCCAGCAAGAAUGAAACUGGUGGCGGCGAAGGGGUGGAGGUGCUUGUCAACGAGCCUUACGAGCGUGAUGGGGAGCGGGGCCAGUACACCCACAAGAUUUAUCACCUGCAAAGUAAAGUCCCUCCCUUUGUGAAAAUGCUGGCCCCAGAGGGAGCCCUCAACAUCCACGAGAAAGCCUGGAACGCCUACCCAUACUGUCGAACAGUUAUCACAAAUGAAUACAUGAAAGAUGACUUUUUGAUCAAAAUUGAAACCUGGCACAAACCAGACCUCGGGAUGCAGGAGAAUGUGCAUAAGCUUGAGCCCAACGAAUGGAAGAACGUAGAAGCCAUCUAUAUCGACAUUGCAGACCGGAACCAAGUGCUUUCGAAGGAUUACAAGCCGGAUGAAGACCCCGCCAAGUUUAAAUCGGUCAAGACGGGACGUGGCCCCUUAGGACCCAACUGGAAGAAGGAGCUGGGCAAGCAAUCCAACUGCCCUUACAUGUGCGCCUACAAGCUGGUGACGGUCAAGUUCAAGUGGUGGGGAUUGCAGAACAAAGUGGAAAAUUUCAUCCAUAAGCAAGAGAAGCGCCUUUUCACAAACUUCCACCGGCAGCUCUUCUGCUGGCUGGAUAAAUGGGUGGAGCUGACGAUGGAGGACAUUCGCAGGAUGGAGGAUGAGACAAAGAGGCAGCUGGACGAGAUGAGAGAAAAGGAUCCCUUGAAAGGAACGUCGGCUGCGGAUGACUAGCGCAGACUCCUCUUGUUGCAUGAUUGCAGAAGCGCCAGCAGGAAGGCCCGGACUCUCCAACCUCUUGACCAACGGUCCGUCUCUGGAUCUCAAGCCCUCUUCUCUCCAGUCGGCAGAGUCGACUCCGGCCUCCCUUUAGCUAACUCUAGUUGCCCUUAAAUCUCCGUGAGCAAACCGGCCGUCCUGGGCCCUGAGUGCGGUGGGCCUUGGCUCCUGGGAAAGGAGGAUGAGAAAAGGGGGCCCACGGGGGGGAAUGGCUGCCACCGCCUCUCAAGAGCGCCUCGCCUGAUCCCUGCGGGGCACUCUUUGAGUUUCUGUCGUGAUGUGGUGAUUUAGGUUUCAUUAUCUGUGUAUAUAUAUAUAUAUAUUUUCCCCCUUCCUUUGGGAUAAACUUGCUGCCUUUGUUUCCUUCCCGUCCUUCACCUUUUCGUUUUUCUUCUGCGGAGAGAGAGUGGGAUUCAGUAUCAGGGGACCAGGCCUCCCGUUUUACUCCUUCGGUAUCAGCAAUGGAGGGGGGCCGCUCUUGCUGCUAACAGGGUUUUUGGACACACUCUGCCCCUCACCAUUGCUGCUGUGUCGUUGCUUGGGUCAGGGGCUCCGGUGUUGAGUGGGCAGCCUCUUUGAAAGGUUCUGGGCACCCAACUCCUUCUGGAGGGGCCAGAAGGGUCUCCUUUCCCUUGAAGACCACAGAAUGGCAUAGACACCUCUUCCAUCUUGCUCUGAGUCAUAACACUCAUAAGAAGAGGGGGAGCAUUGGUCUUGAUGCUCUUGUCACCGUCUUAAGAUAAUCCCACGAGCAGGAUGGGACCGAUGUGACUCCGUUGCUGCUGGGCCUUGACGACGGCCACAAACCGUCCCCAGAAGCAACAACUUCUUUCCCCUCCUCAUGGAGAGUGUUGCCCCACUGACUGCUGGGAGAUGGAAGAAUUGGGGAGGCUUUGCUCAGGGAAGAUGGGAGGCUCUCUGGCCCUCUUGCUGCGUGCGUUCCUUUGCCUUACGAGGCCCAAGUGCAAUAAGCAAACUUCAUUUCUGGUGGACUGCGAGAAACAGGGCUUCCUUUUCCUUUGAAGGGGAAAACUGGGUAUUCAGCCCUUGGGAAAGGAGUUGGGGCCAGGAAUGCACUAAGACCCCCUUAAUGCCUCCUCUCCCUUUGGCUAAUCCCAGAUACUGUCACGAGCCGGGCAUUGGCAUUAACGUGCCGAACAUAUUUUUCCCCCCUUUAUGGGUCAUGACACGUAAGAGGAUUCUUCCGACUUGAAUGUGUUAUUGUUUCCGUGGCUGUUCUUGCAUCGCUCCCACUUGAGAGUUUUGAGCCGAUGAGAAGGCUUUUCUAGCCAGCCCAGCCAUACAUCUCUAUGGAAACGGGAGGUUGACAUUUCGGAAAAAGAGAGACUCAGGAAAGAUUGGAGACGGAGGGGAAAGCGCCGACUUAAAAACACAAAGCUUUCCUGCUUAGCGGUGAGAAAAGACGCAGACGCCCUCCCUCCAGACUAUACGCCUUUUGUUCUCACUUAAGUUCUCUCCAAAGUACCCCAAAAAGAGCCUCUCUGACCUUGAUUUGGAGCCCCUUUCUGGCAGCCUUCUCUCCCCUCCGCCUAAUAUUCUGCUUCUCUGCCCUCCUCCCCUCCGACCGGUUUGGAUUGGUUUCCUUGUGCUGUUUUUUUCUUUCUAUGGCACCCCGACUUUGUAGACUUGAAUUAGACGAUUCCUUGUUUUCUUUCAUGUGAGUUUGUGCCUUUUUUUUGUCUCCCAAUCUUCUUCCGAUACAGGCCUAUUGGAAGCAAAUCUAAUAAAAUCAUAGAUGAGA